UCUGUUCAUAAUUGUUCUUGAAUAAUUAUAGAUAUAAUCCAGUCUAUAACGUUACAAAUGAUUUGAUUUGAAGGUUUAAGAUCCUCCCAUAAACCUUCAAUUCUCUCAGUAACAAUGACUAUAAUAUAUAACGAAUGGUUACUAAGGCCAAGUUAAUAAAUGACCAAAAUAAUUUUUUCUUUUUUAUUUGUAUUUUGUAAUUUUUCUUUAUAAAAAGGAUCAUACAUGUAAAUAUUUCACUAAUAAAAGUACCAAAUAAAUUUAUCCAAAUUUAUGUCACCUAGAUUCUGAGUCAUCUACAUGUCUGUAUAUGUAGCAGCAUCCAAGAGGCCCAACUAAUGGCUAAAAGAAAAGUAGGAAUGAUAUGUUUAAAUGAUUAUCCACAAUACAUAACCUUUCAUUCCUCUGAUAAAAUAUUCAUGUUUGAUAGAAGUGGAUUCUUGAAGCAUUUAUAAAAUGUAGAACAAACCAGAAACUAUCCAUGCCACAUAUAAUAUUUAAUUGAAACACCACUUUUCUUAUGAAUUUUAUAUAAGUAGAUGUUGGUGGGGUGAAAAAGAAUAUGCAUAUCACAUUUUGGUGAUGUCAUUUUCAAUAAUUUAAAGCUCUUUCUUUUUGUUCUUUUCCUAUAAAACCUCUUUACCUUAUGCUUUCUGCUUCCUUAUCAGCUCAGCAAUCUCCUUGUAAAACCUUUCAAAUUGCUCAUAAUUUGAAUAUGAAAAUCUCAGGAACCCAUUUCCCAGCACCUGAAAACUACGGCAUGAUUCAAAAUCUCAACAUCAAUGAAUUAUUGUCUUAUAUUCCUAUUGACUCAACCUCUACUUCUGAUGAUUGUGAUGGUCAGAAACACAAACCUGGGAUUGUUAUCGAUGAGAGGAAGCAGAGGAGAAUGAUAUCAAAUCGGGAAUCGGCGCGAAGGUCCCGGAUGAGGAAACAGAAACAUCUUGAUGAACUUUGGUCGUUAGUGAUUCGUCUUCGUACAGAGAAUCAUAGUCUUAUGGAGAAGUUGAAUCAGUUAACAGAUUCUGAACAACAGCUUCUUCAAGAGAAUGUCAAGCUUAAAGAAGAAGUGUUGGAUUUUCGUCAGAUGAUCACUGACAUUCAAAUGGGCAGUCCUUACGCGACUCACUUGAGAGAGCUGGAGGAAGCCCCCUGCAAUACCUUUCAUCUCGUGGCUGAAUCCUCAAGCCAAUCUAACGAGUAGAGAAGUUCCCUUCCCCUGUUUCACAAGAUCAUAGCUAUUUCCUCACCUAGUUCCUUCCAGUUUCUCUCUGUUUUAGAAUGCUUGUAAUAAGCCUUUACCCUUUACUCAGCAGUAUAAAUUGUUGAAAUAGAAAAUGGGCAAAUAUCAUUUUAUACUCUAAUAUCAAUUUAAACCCUAAACUAAUAAUUGUAUCAAUUUGACUUUGAACGUUUGCAAGUGUAUCAAUUUACACCCUCCAUUAUAUUGAAAAACUCAAGUAAAACUUAUAACUUUAUUAAUUAAACCUCUAAACUUUCAUAAAUGAAUCGAUUUAGACUCUUAUUCAUAAUGUCCUUUGAAAAUUGUCCAUGCAUUUACUCUAAUCAUCCAUUUUUCAAAACUGACAUUUGAAGAAAUCUAUACAAAACUGACAUUUGAAGAAAUCUAUACGCAUUUGAGAAUUAACUGCAUGGAUGAUUUUCAAAGGUAAUCGAAAUAAAUGAAAAUUCAAGAGUUUCAUUGACUCAAAUUAUAAGUUAUAUAUAAUAUUGAUUGAACGAAAUCUACGGGAAGAUAUAAAUUAUACACUUAGGAAAGUUCAAAAUUUAAAUUGAUACAAUUCCGAAGUAUAAGGGUAUAAAUCAAUAUUUAACCAACCAAUAGACUUCAAAAUCAGUUCAAUAAACACCUUGGUUCUCUCUGGGGACUUUUGUCAAACACCUGGUGGGCCAAAGCGGUUGAAAACUGUUCAAUAGAUUAAUGAAGUAACAGGAAACCAACUAAUCAAAUGAAGCCAGAGUUCUGUAGCAAGUGCAGUGAAAAACAAGUAUAUUUUCCAAGAACAUGUAAAAAUAAGAACCAAUUACACAAAAUGGUAGUGGAAGUGGUGGUGAUAGUGGCAAAAUAUCUACAAAACUAUAUAAAAAUCAAGAGG